AUGUAUUCUACAAGUACACAAAAAAAGAAUUGGACAUUUUCUUCAAAAGAAGAACUUAUUGCAAAAAAAAAAUUAGCUAGUGAGGAAUAUUAUAAAGCUUACCUUCCAACAUUAAACGAAGAGGAAAAGGAGGAAUUAUUAUUUACGAUUGAAGAACAAACAAAAUAUGCUACAAUAAUUGGUGACUUUUGUUUAGAUUUUUCAGAUAAUUUUCUUCCUCAAUUUUGGCCUACAGUACCAUGGACUGCUUUUAUGUAUUAUCGUCGUUUCUACAUUAAACAUACUAUUAUGGAGUACCCACCAAAACAUAUUUUAUUGGCAUCAUUUUAUCUUGCUACUAAGGUUGUUGAAUUUAAUGUUUCUGCGGAACAAUUUGUUCAAAAUUGUCGAAGUGGUGAUCCUGAUGAAAAUAUUAAAAUAAUUUUGACAAAUGAACCAGUAAUUAUGCAAGCAAUGAAUUAUAACUUAACAAUUCAUUGCCCAUUUUCUGCUUUUAAUGGACAUCUUCUUGAUAUGGAAAUUAGGAUGAUGUUAAAUUUUGAUGUUGAAAGUCUUCGUGAAUUAGGAAAUAUAUUUUUUAGGAGAUGUUUAUAUACUGAUGUUGGCCUUCUUUAUCCACCUAGUCAAAUUGCAUUAGCAGCAUUAAAAUAUGCUUUUAUUAAGAAAGGUCAAAAUGAAGAUAUAGUAAAGGAGUAUUUAAGUAAACUUCUUAAAAUUGAUGCCUGGAAUAGUGAACCAGCUAGUGUACUUAUUUUUGAAAAAUUACUUUUGCGUAUUGAUGAAAUUAUCAAGUUUGUAAAGACUGAGUAUAGUAGUUGUAAUAAAGAUGGAUUCAGAGAGCUUAUGGAAAAAAUGGCUAAAUGGAACGCUAGAUCUCAAGUUUUAAAUGUUAAUUCUGAAUCAGAGGAGUCUGAAGAUAGUGAUGAUGAUUAA